AUGCAGCAAGACAGCGAUGACGCCGGGAGGGAGGAGAAUACCCCUACAUGGCGCGCCAUCAAAUGCGACAAGAGAUCGCCUUGCUCCAACUGCAGGGCUUCAGAUAUUGUCUGCCGCACAGCUAGCAGGCCUAAAGAACAACGCCAGCGGAUCCUCAUAUCGGAUCAAUAUGAAAAGAAAAUCGAGGUCAUCGAGAGCCGAUUGGCCCGUAUAGAAACCCUUCUAGAGAACCUAGCUUCGCUCUCUGCAGCAGUGGUGCCAUCUAGACCCUCAGCAGCAGCAACGGCCUCCAAUAGUCCAUCACAUUCGUCGAAAAUAGAGACAGUUCCCCCACCACCUUCUUCCUCUUCUUCUACUACUUUCCAGUUAGCGCGAACGACCAGGCGUGAUGCGAAACCUAAAGCUGCCUUUGAAGGCGAUUCGUCGCUUAGAGCACAUUCCAUGCAUGCCAGUCGGGUUAUCGAGAGUGCUAUGAACAACGACACGGGCUUCGGCAGCAACACCGAAAUGCAGGAUGCUCUUUUUGCACUUCGGAAUUUGAUUGAAAAGCAGCAUUCUUUGUCGGCAAAUCAGGACUAUCGAUUUCCUCAUCAACAAGGUGAUGCGUCCACGCUGGACCUGUCGUCUAUUAAAAUGCCGGCAAUGGAGUCGGUUGUGUCUUUGUUGCGUAUCUGCAAGGAGACGCAAAAUUUUCUGGAUCUGCCGUUCAUUGACUUCGAACAGUUUAAUGAGUUAUGCAGGAAGGUCUACUUUGCAACGGAGGACUAUUCUAUGGCCACGUUCACUCUGGUAAAUGGCGGACUUUAUCACCUCUUCAAUGGGUUGGCUGGCCUACAAGUGCCGAAUUUCCCUGAGGCUUCUGAAAAUGCAGCGAUUUGUAGAGCAAACCUUGAAUAUGCUCUUACACGCUUCAGUAUCUUUACGGCGCCCACGAGCGAAAAUCUCCAAGCGUUACUCAUCGGUGCAUCGUAUGCGAUAGACAUAUCGCAGCCUUCGUUAUGCUGGGCACUGACGUCGACGGCGGCGCGACUAUGUCAGACACUUGGAUAUCAUAGAUCCGUAGUGUCACCAGGAGACAACCCGCUAGAUAUGAAGCUGAAAACCCGAAUGUUUUGGUUUACCUAUAUUCUCGACAAAUGCCUAUCCCUCCGGUUAGGCCACUCCUCGAUUCUGCAAGAUUUUGACAUAACUCUCGCUCUACCAGAACCGUCAGAUGAUUCGAAACUGAGUAUGUGGGAUACCAUGUACCAACACUGGGUAAAAAUUGGCUAUUUUCAGGGCCGCAUAUACGAAGAGCUAUAUUCUCCUCGCUCGCUCUCCGGACCUGCCAGUGAUCGCACCCAGAGGGCGAAACAAAUCGUUGGGGACAUGCAGCUGUGGUAUCAAGAGAUUGCUCAGAUCGACCCAUCACGGGCAUACAACCCAGUUUACUACGAAGCCGCCGCUUCGUCUUCUGAGAUUAUGUAUUACGCUCUUUCGACACUCGCGUAUAGAGUAGUGCCGCCGGGUCCCCUAGAUCACUCGCCUAUUUUCAGCAAUGGAUGCAUUGAGACAGCUCGCGCCGCACUCAGGGCCCACCAACUCAACUCCGAGCGGUACAAAAAUAGUAGCUACAUCUGGCAUGGAUACAUUUCAUGGGUCCUCAUCAAUUGCCCCUUCACUCCUUUCAUGGUGUUGUUCUGCCAUGCCAUCGCUACCGCGAAUCUCGCAGACCUCCAAUGUCUCGGCGACUUCGUAGCUUCUCUCCAUUGCCCUGGCGAAGCAGUCGAAGCCGCCGAACGACUCCGACGUCUAUGCCAGGUAUUCCACCGCGUCGCCGAUCUUUACAUCAAAACCAAAAUCAAGCAACAAGAAAUCCACCAUCCCCAUCUACACCCUGAUAACGCAGCAGCCGCUGCAGUAGCAACAAAUCACCCUCAAGAGCAAUUCGCACCUCCCAAAUCACCCCACAGUAACGCCAACGAUGACGCACUCCCCAAUUUCUCCUCACUCGUCACGGAUGACUUUGAACCAUACCUCAGCGCUCUCGGCUUUCCGAACGCAGCCGGAUUCUUGAAUAUCGGAGACCAUAACAAUAACAACCACCACAACGCCAAUAAUAUCGCUGCGCCGGCAGCUGCAGAAGACUAUAAUGGGGUUAAUGAUACUAUAGGGUCGUGGCUUGGCGGAGACUCGUUUUCCUUGGAGAACUGGUUUACAGGGAAUGUCAACAUUAUGUCUCUUGUAGAAACGGAUUUGUCAGGGAUUAAUCCGCCAGGGACAUGA